UCUUCGAAAUAGGCAAAUUAAAUGCAAAUAAGCAAGAAUAGAAAAGUUAUUUAGCCGGAUAAGAAAUAUAUUAUUUUUCUUUUAUAUUAAAUUUAAAACUCAAAUUGACAGGCGAUAGUGCAAAAAUUGUGUCUAUAAAUAAUAAAUGAAACCCAUAAUGAUUUGGAACUGAAGUUUUAAGUCCAAUUAGUGUGUUAUCAAAUAAUAAUAAUAAUGAAAGAACAAAAAUUGUUACUUAUCCUUUCGCAGUCGUUAAUUGGUACCGGCUUUUUCUUUUUGUAUGUUCAACAUGUGCGUUCAAUAUUUGAGUCCCGCACCAAUAUUGCAUAUUUAACACAAUUAGAACGGGAGUCUUUGUUGCGGCGGGAGGACUCGCUUUAUUAUUCAUUUUAUAAGACACUUACAGAGGAAGCAGACUUUUGGAGUGGUUACGAUAAAUUAACCAAUUUAACUGGCAUCGAGCAUCCACAAAAUGUGAAUGUAAUACAAAGGUUCCAUGUGUUACCAGAAUUGGCAAUAGGAUAUCUCUACCAUUUGCUAAGGCGAUAUGCUUUCACAGAAAACUUUCCAAUAUUUAGUUGUUGGCGGAGCAACGAUGUUCGUUUGCCUUUAGAGCAUCGUCAUUGUGACGGCAUUGGACAGCCCAUGCAGUUUUACUUGGAAUGCGUAUGGCUUCUUGGUGGGGUCACUGUACUAGUUAUUUAUAUAUAUGGAACAUUACUGAGUGAAAAUAUAUUUGGUGGCAUUUACGCAGUGGUUUCCUAUGUUAUGUUCCACAGUUUUGCUUCCAAGAUCUACGAAUCCCCUAUGGCACGUGAAAAUUUUGCUUUUCCAAUUAUUUUCAUGCAAAUGUUUUACCUUUGCUUGUGUAUUGAUCGCAUCACGGAACGCAAAGCAUAUCACAAGCGGCUUUUUAUAACAAUCAAAUUGACGCUGCUGACAGCUCUUGCUCUUCUCUGUUGGCAAUUUUCUUCUGUUAUUUUUGCAACGCAGGUCCUUAUUAUGAUGGCUCCUUGGACCCCAAGUUCAAUAUCUGAGAUGGUUUCUAGUACUUUUACGAUUGAUUAUGCGAUCUCUCAACUUAUUGCCACAUCACUAGCCUACUACUGUUCCUUUAGCAACAAGAAAUAUAUUUUCGCCUGGCAUAUUGGUCCAGCCAUUGGACUUCUAUUUCUCAGUAUAGAGCGGCAAGUCAAACCUCAAACUCCUAAUAGUGGCAUUUCGUUCAAAACUAUUUGGGCGGGGUUAUUAGCGGCCAUAAGUGUGCAAGGAACUUUAUAUGAUAUGUUGGAGAGAACAGGAUUCGCACGUUCAAUUGACAACGGAUUCGCCCUCUAUCGUGAUUUAAUAGUGCAAUGGAGCUUCCAGGCAAAAGUGAGUUUCUCCACCAGCAUUGCGGCCUGCAAUCCAGCUUAUCAGAAUUUGAAUAUUGGACAUUUGUGGGAGCUCAUAAAGACUCUAAUUGUGAAGCCCUAUUGCAUGUACGGUGUUGUGAUGUUGGCAAAGUUUUUUCGCAAGUGGCGUAAGGGUAGUGAAAAAAAAAAUCCCAGCAAAGAUAAUGUGGAACGAGCCAAAAAAUAUGUGCUCGAGGAUUUUUUGGAAGAAAACCGCAUAUCAAUGGGUGAUAUGUCAAAUAAAGAGACGGAGAACGAUUUAAAUGAAUGUCUUAAGUUACUAGAAGAUUGUAACUAUGACUACAAUCGCUAUAAACAGGAGAAAACUAAGUCGAAGAACAAUAAAGUCUUUGAACACGAAGAGUUUAUGAAUAACAUCAAAUUAUUAAAAGAGCAGAUUAAAGAAGGUACUCGAAAUAUUUCUAAAAUUAACCAUUCUGAGAAUUCAGAAAAGCAACAAGAAGAAUGUACUGAUGGAAAUGUAAAACCGUCCAUAAGUGAGGAUAAAGCAACAAUAAACAGUGAGUCGAUCCCAGCAGCACCAAAGGUGGAAACGAACGAUUCUGGGAGUGAUACGAAUAACUGCACUUUUACUGAUAGCAGUGGUAUAAAAAGUGGCGAUGGUAAUAAAAACGUACGACGUACACCUCAUAAAAGCGCGGACUGCGAAGCUUCCAAAGCUGACUAUCAUAGCGAUAUUACCGGUUUCCAUUAUGUCUACAGCUUUGUACAAAUGGCCGUUUUUACCGCCUUAGGACUUAGUGUAAAAAAGUUAUUCUUCCUUUGUUUCACUCAAGGUUGUGUUAUUGCGCCGACAAUAUGUUCCAAGUUUUGGUAUCGCAAGCAACGCAAUAUAUUUUGGGCAGUAUCAUUGGCGGUUUUUUUAACAAGCAUGGUUAAUCCCGGUUUAGUUAAUAUACGUGAAGAAUACUUUCCUACACGCCCAGGACAUGCUAGUGAUGAUUUGGAUAGCAUGUUGGAAUGGAUCAAAAUUAAUACUGAGCGCGACGCUGUUUUUGCAGGUCCAGUAGAAAUUAUUGGCACGGUGCAUUUAGUUACUAGACGACCGAUUGUAAACCAUGCUCACUUGGAAAUACGUCACAUCCAUGAACGCACGGAACAUGUCUACUCAGUAUUCAGCCGUCAGCAGUCAUCAGAUAUUUACAAUCAAUACUCACAACUUAAAGUGCAGUAUUUAAUUAUAUCCCUUCAGGACUGCAGCAAUGAAAUUCGUGAUGAAUGUGAUCUACUUUCGAUUUGGGAUGAUCUGCAGCCGUCGAAUCGCAAAUAUCCGCAAUUUUGUUCGGAAUUAGCAAACAAGAAUAUACCCAGCUUCUUGAAAGUAUUCUCUAAUGAUUAUUACGGUAUUAUUAAGAUGUUUUCGCAGAGUGUGCAAAUUAAUUUGAAGCUUAGUAAGAUGCCCGAAAAAGUAAUGUAGCCAAGUAGUCAAACUUGCUUCGAUUUUAAGUGAGGCAAUGGUAGGAAAAGUGGCCAAGAAUUUAAAAUGUCAAUUACGUUAUUUUAUUUAUAUACAAAGUUUCAUGUUGCGUUCAUAUUUUAUAUUUAUUGUAAUUUUGACAAGAGACAUUUCAAGCCUCGAUAUAUUACGAUUGAACAUCGAUUUUGCUGUAUUUAAUAGUUGUGGUUAAAUGAAAAUAAUUUUUAAGAAAUACAAAUACAAACGACUCUGACCUACUUAUGUAGAUGUCCUAAUGUAUGUAUAUACAUACAUACAUAUGAGAAUAUGAAAAGUGUAGAAAGCUACAAAAAAAAAGAUAUAAAUAUUGAAGUUUGUUCAAAGAGAAAUCUUUUUUUCAUAAAAGCUUUGAAUCGUAAUUUUUUCCUUUAUAACACCGAAUGCCAAGUUUACUGAAUUUUAUAUAGACUGCCCUCUUGCAUUCCAUUUCUGGCUUAUUUGUGUUACCUGCAAUUAAAAAAAAAAAUUAUAAUGAAAAAAACUAUAAGUUUGAAAUUAGCGACCUUAUUAAUUUGCAUGCGAAAGUGGCCUCUAUGUUGCCUCUUUCUUACAUAUGUUACCUUGUAUGUAUCUACAUAUUCAUAUCUGUAUUUGAGAUAUUCGGUUGGUAAUUAAUUACAAUUCUUGUCCAUGAAAACAUUGCUGAAAACCGAUUUGCAAGCGUAAUGUUUAUUCUUUAAUGAAACAUUUCACAUGCAGUAAGGGAAUCAUAGUUUUUGUUUUAAUUAAGAGCUAAUGUCGGAUUUAGGAAAUGUGCUAAGCGUUUAACACGCAUAAGAUAAUAUAUUUUGUUAAAAAAAGAAAAUAAUAUUGUGUACAUAUAGGCUGUUCUCUAUGUAAUUUAAAAUAUUGAAUUUUAAGGAUAAAGAGACUGCUUCCAUAUCUCAACUACCAAACCUAAUGCUUGAGAAAUAUUGCAAUAAAUUGUAUUAUUUUUAGUUACUUAUUUGGCAGAUAUGUUUCCAUUAUAUUUUGAGUAUACUUUUUUCAUAAUUUUUGGAGUGUCGAAAAAUUAGCAGAAAAUAUUCUACAGUCUAAAAAUUGAUCUUAUAGUAUUCAUUAAUUCUUAUUUUUCUUCAGUGCUGUAUAUAAUUUUUUUUUUACUUCAAGGAGACUAGUAAGUAGCAAAAUAACGUACUGUUACAUACUAUGCGACUAACCAUUCUAACAGCUGCAAUUUAAUAACGUUGUGGGCAUACAGCUGUGUUCAUUGAAAUAGCAGUGCAGAUGACCUGUAUGUUCUAGAUGGACAAAUUCUAUUAUAAACCCAAAAUAUGAGAUAAAAAAUGUUUUAGAAGUGAUAAUUUAUUUAUUUUUACAUGACCUAAAACUUAUUUUGUGCUAAUUUAUGUUAUAUUUUUUAAGUAUGAAUGAAUAAUAAAAUAAAAGCGCUAAUUUGUGCUGUUCAGUGAAAUAGCAGUGCUAACGAAAAAUAUCAAAAAAAUCAACAUAACUCAUUAAUUAACUUUAUUAUACUAAAUAAUAUUUUAGUAUUGUCCUAAUACAUUGUUGUGUAUCCUUUAUUGGCAAUUACAGCCUCGCACCUACGAGGUAUGGAGUCAACCAAGUCCUGACAACGCUUAAGAGGAAUCUGCGCCCCUCUUGAACAACAUGCCAAAGCUGCGGCUUAGAAGACGGGAAUUGUUUUGAAACAAAGCGUUUGACGUGUCCGCAUAAGUUUUCGAUGGGGUUGAAAUCCGGGGAUUGAGCUGGCCAUGGCAUCAACACGAUUUUUUCUUGGCUAAGCCAAUUUUUAGCCAAUUCUCUGGUCUGUUUUGGAUCGUUAUCCUGCUGGAAUGUCCAUUUUAAGGGCAUAUUCCACCUGGCACAUGUCAGCAUAACGUUCCUUAAUAUCUCCACGUACACAUUUUAAUCCAUGAUCCCAUCGAACAUAUGUAUUGGGCCAACACCGCUAUAGGAAAAAACGGCCCAUUUAAAAAUUUUUAAGCCACCGUGCUUUACUGUCCUGACCGUUUAAUCUGAAGUAUAAUCUGGAAUAUACUCCGUGUUUGGAGGUCGACGGACAUAUUGUCUAGAGCCUGCUCCACAAAACAAGACCAUUUUGGACUCAUCUGUCUAAAAGGAUUGUUUUUGUUGAAGCUCAUUAUGCGAGGGUUCUCCAAAUUUGUAGUUUUGCGUAGGGUAUCACGUUUUUCGGGCUUCAAUUCUUGGCAGAACUUUUUUAAACGGCUUUGUAUUCCUUUGUAUGUUUUCCUAUCGCCUCUAAGCUCAACAAUCAAAAGCCUAUCUUCCUUGGAGCAGUGGGGUCUUGUACCCACUAAAAUUUAAAUUUGUUCAUUGUUAUAGUCUAUUGUCAUUUAAAUUACAAUAAUAAACUUAAUUUGACUCAUUAUUCACAAAUUUAAAAUUUUUAUCGGCACUUUUCGUUGAGAAAAAUUAAAAAUUGCUAUUUCAGUGAACAGCCAAAAAGUGGUGGAUUUUCGCAAAAAUAUAAAAAAAAAGCACCAAGCAUAUCAAAUCUAACGGGGUUUUCACUUUUUUCUAUUCUCUGUAUUCCAUUUUACAAAAACAAUGUGCAAGCGAUCAAUUAACUAAACGGAAUAUGCCAAAAAACCGUUAUAUAUUUUCACUUCUCUUGCACUGCUAUUUUAAUGAACACAGCUGUAUGUGUUGUAGUGGAUUAGGAGGACAAUGCAAAAAAAUAGAUAUUACUUUCAUUAUAAUUGUGUUGGUUCGUAAAAUGUGAUUUACUAUAUUUAUAAAUAAACGUAUCAAAAUAAACUUUA